ACACGCAUGAAUUACCAACCUGCAAACAAGAUACAGAAGAAUCAUGGAGUAUCUACGAGCACUCUUCGUGAAUCAUGGAAUGGGGAUGUUUCGAGCAUCACCAUGCCGGGUGGAAAAUUCUUGCAUUCCGUCACAGACAUCGACCAAAUGUUUAAUAAGGAGAGUGCGCAAAAGAAAAACUUUGUUACUCACGA